AUGAAGUCCUUCUUUUCCCAACUCGCAGGCGUGACGGCCACACUUUCGUUACUGGCGACGGUGCAGGCCGCGUCCAACUCUUCUACCGCUCCGUCAUGUGGAGUUCUUCAGUACACUGACGAUAGCUACUUUAGCGUCGUGGGCGUGCAGGGAACUGGUGUGCAUCCGCGAAUGGAGAUUCGUGAGCUUGAGAAAGAUACCGAGCUUUGGAACAUGUAUAUGAUGGCGCUCUCUAGGUUCCAAGCUAUGGAUCAGAGAGAGAAGAUCUCAUAUUUCAAGAUCGCUGGGCAGUGGGACAAUGUGGCAGGCCGGAAAACCUCGCAUGUGAUGGGUUACUGCCCCCACGUGAGUAAUUUGUUCGGCACCUGGCAUCGACCAUACCUUGCACUGUUCGAGCAGAUCUUGCACGACCGUGCCGUGGAUAUAGCAAACGAGUAUCCUGCGGGUGAAGCGAGGCAGAAUGCUAGGAAAAUAGCCGACAAGGUUCGUCUUACUUACUGGGACUGGGCUGUUGAUCCUCCGACAAGCGAGGGAAUCAUGCCUAAGUGCCUCCGGAGCCCUACAGCAACAGUCACGUUUCCCAACGGCACCAAGGGCGAGAUCGCGAACCCGUUGUACCGAUAUGACUUCCAUCCACUGAAGGCUGAGGACUUUUCGGCUCUGAAAGGCUUUGAGUUCACGGAGUGGGAGCAUACCAUCCGUUAUCCUCUGGACCCGCAUUCUGCCAACGCCACCAGUCGCAACGACGAGAUAAAUGUUCGGCUCAGCAAGCAGCAACCCAACCUUCGCGACAUGGUCUACAAGUUACUGACCACCUAUCAACCGUUCAAUGAAGUCAGCAACAAAGCCAACGGCGGGACCAUUGGCAACUUUGAAACGCUCCAUGAUGGUGUUCACAAUGUCUUCGGCUUGGGACACAUGGGCAUCAUCGAGGUCUCUGCUUUUGAUCCUAUAUUCUGGAUGCAUCAUUGUAGCAUGGAUCGACUUGUUGCUUUGUACCAAACACGUUUUCCAGAUACCUGGAUCGAGGACUCGAAGCAGGCAAUGGGCACCUUCACUUUCGAGAAGGGAAGUAUCCAAGGACCCGAUUCACCACUGACUCCGUUCCACAUGAAUGCAGACGGUGAUAUGUGGACAUCGACUACGGUGCGCAACUGGACUGCGUUUGGCUACACUUACCCUGAGCUGAUUGGCAACCCCUCGAACGAGACAUUCACUUCGACGCUCAACAAGCUAUACAAACCACAGACGCAAGGCUUGAACAAUACGGACAUCCAUCUCCUACCUCCAGCGCUACGUGGAAAUGAGACGAACACAACCACACAAGCAACAGACUGGCUUUGCGAGGUCCACAUGCCCGCAGAUAUCAAAAUUUCUUACAGUGUCCGCGCCUUCCUCGGCGAGCCCAAUGCCGACCCCAGGAAAUGGCCCACGGACAGCAACUACGUCGGCCAACUCGCUACCCUGUCUUCUUCCCGCAUGACAACCGACGUCAUCAUGUCUGGUAGCAUUGGCCUAACCGAGAAGCUCGCCCAGAAGCACGCCUCCGGUGAACUCAAGAGCCUCAGCAAACCCGCUGUAGCAGCAUACCUCAAGGACAACUUCCACUGGCGCAUCCAAGCCCUCGACUUCAGCGAAAUCCCGCGCAACAACCCCCCUGCUGGCCUCAACGUCACGGUGUACAGCGUGCCCAUUGCAGUCCCAGAGUCGGACACUGAGGUCCCGACGCGCAGCGGCAAUGUAGAGUACAACCGCGAUAUUGAUGGCAAGCCGCCGAUUUACAACGGGCCGGGUAUUGAUGGCACGAAUUUUACUAUUCCGGCGGGGCAGAGUAGUGGGCAGUACAACGUUACGUCUGGCGAGUUUGAGUGGAAGAAUGGCACGAGCGGUGAUUCUUCAUCGACGCCAGGGUGUUUCUAG